AUGGCAAAAGUGUACACUACGAAAGAAGCGCUAGAAAUAGUUAUGGAGUCUGACUGCGGGGAUGGAUCCUCAUCCUCCGACUCUGAGACCGACACGGAGGAGGCCUCAGAGUUCGAACCAGAGCAGCUGGAGUCCAGCUCAUCUUCAGCUGAUUCGUCUGAAGAAGGAGAACAAGAACCUGAAGUGGAAGCAGAGGGAUGGGCAUCUAAAAAUGGAAAGAUUGUGUGGUCUGCCACAAACAACCAAACGCUGCGCUACAUCCCAGCAGCCAGAGGUCUGGUCCCGGGACCUACGCAUUAUGCUGCCGCUCGCAUCAGGGACCCGAUGACGAGCUUUUCGCUCCUGCUGACGGCCGAAAUCAUCCAGCAUAUCCUGGCCGUAACAAACCUCCACGGGAGACGGGAGAUCACAGGCUGGCGAGACCUGGACGCGGAGGAGCUGCAGGCGUACAUGGGCCUGAUUAUUUUGGCCGGUGUUUACCGGUCAAAAGACGAAUCCACUCUCAGCCUGUGGAGCGAGAAGAGUGGGCGGGCCAUUUUCAGGGCCACGAUGUCCCACAAACGAUUCCACCACAUCGGCCGAGCGCUGCGUUUCGACGACAAGCUGUCCCGACCCAGACGCCAAGAUGACAAGCUGGCUGCCUUCCGCCAAGUAUGGGACAUGUGGACGCACCGCCUGCCGAUGCUGUUUAAUCCGGACAGGGACAUCUGCGUCAAUGAGCAGCUUGUCCCUUUCAAGGGCAGAUGCCGUUUCAGGCAGUAUAUGCCCAAAAAGCCAGCCAAAUAUGGUCUCAAGAUCUGGGCAACCUGCGACGUCAAAACGUCGUAUGCCUGGAGGCUGCAGGUGUACACGGGGAAGGAAGGUGGGAGACCUGCUGAAAUCAACCAGGGCAUGAGGGUGGUCCUGGAGAUGACGGAGGGGCUCCAGGGAAAUGUCAUUACAUGUGACAACUUUUUUACCUCCUUCGGCCUGUCAGAGGAGCUGCUCCGGAGGAAACUGGCCUUGGUCGGCACCAUCCGACGGAACAAGCCCGAGCUCCCCCGCCACCUGCUUCAGGCAAAGGGAUCGGAAUUAUUCUCCUCCUUGUUUGCAUUCACGACAAACCACACUCUGGUGUCCUACAUCCCCAGGCGGGGCAAGAAUGUGCUACUCCUGAGCACCAAGCACCGUGAUCCACACGUCAGCGACGACGCUAAGAGGAAGCCCACCAUCAUCCAGGACUACAACCGGUGCAAAGGAGGUGUCGACAACCUUGAUAAGGUUGUUGGCACCUACUCCUGCAGGAGACGAACAAAUAGGUGGCCACUGGCUCUUUUCCACAACCUGAUUGACGUCUCCCUGUAUAACGCCUUCGUCCUGUGGACGUCAAUCGAGCCAUCAUGGGAGCAGCAGAAGGCCCACAGGAGGAGGCUCUUUAUUGAAGAGGUGGGAGACACUUUGGUGAUCCCACACAUGCAGAAGAGAGAGCGCCUUCCCCGCUCCUCAGCCGCUGCAGCACUCGUCGCAGAGGUACGGAGUGAUGCUGCUGAGGGAGGAGGGGCCUGCAGUAUUGGCCCGGAGGAGGGGCCUGGACGAGCGGCCUGUAGGAGGAAGUGCAGAAGGCUGUGCGAUUUUUGUAGGAAGAGAAAAGUUGGCAGCACCUGCUGCAAAUGUGGAAGAUUCACAUGCAAGGACCACAGCCUAAUAAUAUGCAGUCUCUGCUCUACUUGAGCUACACAUAUUUCAUGUUCAUAUGUUCAUUUCAUGUUCAACUUUCGAAAAUAAAUGUUUUUUUCUGGUUCAAACUGAUCUUGUAUUUUCAAUGUUUUUUUUUAG